GGGGUGGAGGGAAGGGGGAGGGAACUAGAGGAGGAGGAGGUUAGCCAAGGCAGCUACAGCGGCGGCGGCGCAGGGGCUGGUACGCGCUGGGCGGCGAGAGCCUCAUGGCGGAGGAAGAGAGCGACCAAGAGGCCGAACGCCUCGGAGAAGAGCUCGGGGCCAUUGUGGAGUCCCCUCCAGGCUCUGCGGGGCUUGGAGCUGCGGACCACGGCAGAGGCGGCGCUGGCGGUGGCAGCUGCGGUAUCGGCGGCUUUGGGAUCAGCAGUCGGGAUUACUGCCGACGCUUCUGUCAGGUGGUUGAGGAUUAUGCUGGAAGAUGGCAGGUCCCUUUGCCACAGCUUCAGGUUCUUCAGACUGCACUCUGCUGUUUUACAUCAGCCAGUGUGUCAUUCCCAGAUGAAUGUGAGCACGUACAAUAUGUUUUGAGUAGUCUUGCUUUGAGUUUCUUUGAGUUGCUGCUGUUUUUUGGAAGAGAUGAGUUUUAUGAAGAGCCCUUAAAGGAUAUUCUUGGAUCAUUCCAGGAAUGCCAGAAUCACCUCCGCAGAUAUGGAAAUGUGAAUCUGGAACUGGUGACUCGAAUCAUUAGAGAUGGUGGCCCAUGGGAAGAUCCAGUGUUGCAAGCUGUUCUUAAAGCCCAGCCAGCAUCUCAGGAGAUAGUGAACAAAUACUUAAGUUCUGAAAAUCCACUGUUCUUUGAACUGCGUGCCAGAUACCUAAUUGCUUGUGAACGCAUACCUGAAGCAAUGGCUCUCAUUAAAUCUUGUAUAAAUCACCCCAAAAUCAGUAAAGACUUGUACUUCCAUCAAGCACUCUUCACCUGUCUGUUUAUGUCACCUGUAGAAGAUCAGCUAUUCCAGGAGCAAUUACUGAAAACUGACUGUAAGAAUGGAAUUGAUAUCAUCUGUAACACUGAAAAAGAAGGCAAGACUAUGUUAGCCUUGCAACUCUGUGAAUCCUUUCUUAUUUCACAGCUCCAGAGUGGUGCUAUGUACUAUAUCUGGGAGUUGAUUUUCAUAUGGAGUAAACUUCAGCUUAAGUCUAAUCCUUCAAAACAAGUUUUUGUAGAUCAAUGCUACCAGCUUUUAAGAACAGCAACUAAUGUGAGAGUCAUAUUUCCUUUCAUGAAAAUCAUUAAAGAUGAGGUUGAAGAAGAAGGCUUACAAAUUUGUGUUGAAAUUUGUGGUUGUGCUCUACAACUAGACCUUCAUGAUGAUCCCAAGACUAAAUGUUUAAUUUAUAAAACAAUUGCACACUUUUUGCCAAAUGAUUUAGAGAUCCUCAGGAUUUGCGCACUGUCAAUAUUUUUUCUUGAGCGCUCCUUGGAAGCUUAUCAUACUGUUGAAAAGCUUUACAAACGUCCAGAUGAAGAAUAUAAUGAAGGCAUAAGUAGUGUUCAAAAUCGUGUUCGUUUUGAAUUACUUCCAAUUUUGAAAAAGGGAUUGUUUUUUGAUCCUGAAUUCUGGAACUUCGUAAUGAUUAAGAAAAACUGUGUAGCAUUACUGAGUGAUAAAUCAGCAAUUAGAUUUCUAAAUGAAAGUACACUGGAAAAUUGUGCAGGUAAUCUAAAAAAAGCAGUAGAACACCAAGGUAUAGAUGAAGGGCUUGAUUCUCUUACAGAUCAGAGCACUGGAGAGCUUGAUCCAGAUGAUAUAUCUGGAGUGCAACCUAAAGGUCAUAUUAAUACAAAGAAAAACCUUACGGCUCUUAAUACUUCCAAAGUAGAUCACAGUGUCCCAAGGCAUCGGUGUAUGUUAUGUAACAAGGAAUUCCUAGGGGGUCACAUUGUAAGGCAUGCCCAGGCUCAUCAGAAAAAGGGCAGUUUUUCAUGUGUAAUAUGUGGUAGAAAAUUUAGAAACAGAGGACUUAUGCAGAAGCAUUUAAAGAAUCAUGUUAAGAAAAUACAGAGACAGCAGAUUGCUGCAGCUCAACAGGAGGAUCAGGAAAUCCCUGCUUUGGAAGAAAUAAAUUGUUCUGAUACUUUAAUUUCAUUUGAAAAUGGGAAUUCUGAUAAUAAAGAUUUGGAAGUAGAGACUGUUACUGCUUCCAGCCCUUCGCAUGUGGCUGAAAUCAUUAAAAGUCCCAUAACCAUAUCAGAAGAUGUUACUGAAAACAUCAUUGAAAAUGGCAGUCCUGAUACUUCUUUAAAUAAUAUCUCAAAUGUUGUGGAGCCUUUACCUGUAUGUGGUGAUUAUGAGGAGGAAGAGGAUGAAGAAGGUGAUUAUGAAGAAGAUGAUUAUGACCUGAAUCAGGAAACUUCAGUACUUCAUAAAAUCAAUGGAACUGUGUGCCAUCCAAAAGACAUAUAUGCUACAGAUCAAGAAGGAAACUUUAAGUGCCCUGCUCUUGGCUGUGUCAGGAUAUUUAAAAAAAUUGGAUUUCUAAAUAAACAUGCAAGGACUGUACAUCCAACUGACCUAAAUGUGCGGCAAACAGUAAUGAAGUGGAGCAAAGGAAAAUGUAAAUUUUGUCAAAGGCAAUUUGAAGACUCUCAACAUUUUAUAGAUCAUCUUAAUAGACACAGCUAUCCAAAUGUGUAUUUUUGUUUGCAUUUUAAUUGCAACGAGUCAUUUAAGCUGCCAUUCCAGCUUGCUCAGCACACAAAAAGUCACAGGAUAUUUCAAGCUCAGUGUAGUUUUCCAGAAUGUCAUGAGCUUUUUGAAGAUCUUCCUCUGCUAUAUGAACAUGAAGCUCAGCACUAUUUAAGUAAAACACCAGAAUCAUCUGUACAACCAAAUGAAGCAAUUCUUUGGGAUGUUCUUACAGACUCAAAUCCUAACCAUCAGGAGAAAGACUCAUCUAGUAAUGAGAAACAAACUAUUAGUCCACCAGUUUCUACUAGCAAAUCAAGGAAAGAUUCUACAGAACCAAAGACGUGUACAGAAAGUAUGGAAAAGAAAACAGACAAUUUAGUUCAGAAUGGUAAUGAUCAUUCUGAUGACACUGUUUCUGAUACAAGUUUGAUAGACCAAAAGAUGCCUGACACAGAGCCAAAUUCUGAAAAUAACUGUAAUAUUAGUGAUUUAGUCAAUGGACACAACAGAAUAGAGCAGACACCUGUAGUUUCAUCAGAUCCUGCUUUGAAAAUUGAUACAAACAGAAUCAGGACAGAAAAUGGUUCUAUUUUACCCAGUGUUGUACCACAAGAACACAAUACCCUGCCAGUAUCUCAGGCACCUUCCAAACCAAAUCUGACAAGUGAACAUACUUCAUAUGGCUUAAUUUUAACAAGGCCCUAUGUCAGACCACUGCCUCCCAGUUACCUUGAUGAACAGUACCUUAGUAUGCCAAAACGCAGAAAAUUUCUGACUGAUAGAGUAGAUGCCUGUUCUGAACAAGAAAACAUUUGUAAAAAAUCAGUGAAAAGAUUAAGAUGUGGCAAAUGCCUGACCAUCUACUGUAAUGCAGAAGCACUUGAGGCUCACCUUGCACAAAAGAAAUGUCAGACACUCUUUGGAUUUGAUUCAGAUGAUGAAAGUGCCUGAUAAAAAAUGUUUCAGAAAGAUCUGUCGAUCAAGCAGUAGUGUGAAAAAAGCACUACAAGAAAUGCAUCACCAGUUUGCUAUUUCCCUGAUGGCCUUAAUUUUAGAGCGGUCUUGGAUUACUAAAGAUAAAGACAAAGCACAUUUUCUAAAUGAGCUCAAAGAGGAGAUGUGCUAGUUUAGACUCCAAAAGGGUUAUUACAAAACUCCCAAAGUACCAGUUAUCCAGAAAACCACAUUUGUAUAAAAAUUGAUGAUGAAUAGCAGCAUGCUCAGUUCUUAUGUGAGAAACAUGUUCAGGCAACUAGUCAAAUAGAAAAACCAGCUAUGGCCUUACAGAAAGGGAAAAGUUAACCCAUUAUUUAAAAAAGGGGUGGUGGGGGGUGUUGUUUUACAAUAAACAAAGUAUUCUACAAAUGGGAUUUGUUUUCUUGUCAUGCAUAAUCAGAUUAUAUCCUCCCUUCUGCUCAAAUAUGGUUUAAGGAACCAUUGCUACUGGGUUUAUUAUAAUUUGGAAACUGAUACAUGAAAAUAAAACUUGGUUUACCACCAUGUUAUCCAUAAAAGAUUAUAACUUGUUCCUAGAGAUGACUGAUUAGACAGAUCAAAGUUUAAAGAAUAGCAUGCUUAAAACAGUAUUUGCUAAUAAGCUCUUGAUAAAAACCUUCCGUUUUCCAUUUUUUGUAAUUGAGUUAUAUUUAAAAUGCAACGGUGUCAAUUAAAUAGAAAAAGUACCAUCAGUAACUUUGGAGAACGACUGGAAGAAUCUAAGACCAUUAAAGGCUAUCUAGUUAAAGGAAAACACUGAAUUGCCAAUUCCUCAAUGUGAAUAAUGGUAUAAGCACACUGGGAUAUUUCUAUUUGUACAUAGAGUAGUGUUAGGACAUUGCUUGAUGAUUCAUAGUAAGGUCCUUUAGACUUUAAUGUGAGUUAUCGAAGAAUAGUCCUAUAAAAAUAACUGGCUGUAAAAGAAAUGUCAGUUAAGAAUCAGGUCAAGAAAUCAUUGAUUUUAUUCAGUUUGGAGAGUUAAGUCUAAAAUAAGCCAUACUACUCAUGCUUUCUUAUUUAUUAGUGAAGAAUUUGGUCUGAAUGGUAAUUUUUAUAUAUAAAAUAUUUACACAAAUUUGCACGAGAAGACCAAGACACAGUAAGUUACACUGAUUUAUUUUCUUUGAUGACCAGAAAUUUCCCUGAGGAUUUUAACCUUAGUCAAUAAAUUGCUAAAACAAAAAUGUUAUUAAAAAUACCCUCAGAUUUGUUCCACUUAUACAUUCUCUAAAAGAGGAAGCUUAUAUACCAUCUUUUACCUAAUCGUGUGUUAAUCUAUACCAGGACUAACAUGAACAAAAAUGCAACGGUAAAUUUUUCAGAACUGGAGCUACCAAUGUACUAACAUCAAUCAGAUAUUCCAGUUACUCCCAACUGAUACAUUUUUGUUCAAAGCAGAUAAUCUUAUCAGACCAUAUUAUGAUAGAUUUUUGGAUAUUAAAGCUUGAAUGAAGUUACUAAUGAAGUGGGACAUUUUUUCUGGGGGAGCAUCUGGACUUUAUUAAAUUAGGAUUUCUAGGUCAUAAUAAAUACCCCCCCCCCCAAAAAAAAUAGUUACCUAUUUUAUUUAUUUAUCAUGGGCAUUCACUACUAUGCAAUUGAUAGUCAUAAGUCCAUUCCAAUCAAAUUUAGGUUUGUUUUUGUUCUGUUAUUAUAUAGCCUACAUUAGGCUGUGGAAUUUACAUUUAAAUAAUGUAAAUAAACACAAUUCAAUCUUAAAAUCCUUAAAGGUCAACUUUAAAGUUUUUUUUUAACAUACUUGUUAACACUUUAGUUCUAUUUCAGUUCAGUCUAAAAUACAUCAUGCAAUAAAAAGUCUGUUUGGAAAUUAGUUCAUUUGGAAAAUGAAUUUUUUAAAAUUAUAAUUUCUGCUCUGUACUUUCUCCAGAAGUUUUAAAAUUACAACUUUACAUUUUAUCAUAUUUUUAACUUUUUAUUUUUUGUAAGUUGUAACUAUUGACAUAAGUCCACAUCUGCAGAUUAUUUUUAUUCAUUUUGUAGUUCAUACCAAGAUGUUUUAAACAUAUUCCAGUUUUUUUUUAAUUUUGAUGUUUUAUUUCUACAUUUGUGUUGCUGAAGGAAAACUUUCUGAAAUGCUGAGAUCAAAUUCAUUUAUACGUAACUAGAUCAAGGAAUGUUUUAUAAAAUUCUAUUUGACCACACUGUUCUAACCUCUUUAUAUACUUCUCAUAUAAUUGCUAUUGAAAGAAUGUGUACAUUUUAUUAUGUAUGUCUUAUAAAAAAUAAACUUAAUCAUUUUGCCUUUAUUGGGUGCAUAAACUUCCAACAGUUCUAAUUUGGGAUUUAGAAGAAAAUGAAGCUUUCUUAUUCCUCAGAUUCUUCUCUUUCCUUUCUGUUCCUUCUAUUUUGAGGGUGUUUAUCUUACAUGGACCAAGUUUCAGUCCUUUGUUUUUAAAUAAAAAUUUCUUGCAAAACAUUAAGUAUUAACUUUCUGCUGUUUCAGUAAGGUCAAAAAAAUAGCAGAUCUGAAUUUUUGCUGCUCAGAUACAGAGGAGGCAGAACGGGGAAAUCUCCGUGGAAAAGGACACUGGUACUUUGGGCUUUAGCCAUAUUCUUUUUCUUUUAAAACCAUCAAUUACAUAAUGAGUAGAUACUUUAUAACACUGAAUUUGUGAUUCUUUGCAAAUCACACUUGAAGGUUCAGCUGUACUCCUUUCAUGUUUGGUUUAAACUUUUAUGGAUGAAAAAUGUAAAAGGGAUGGUAGUGUUUAUUUUUUAAUUUAUUUGGUACUGUAAAACACCUUUUCAGAAUGACUAAAUGCUGCAUAUGCAUUUUGGAAUUGUUAAUAUGUGAAAGAUACUAGAGAUUCAGCAAGAAAGGAAAAUUGUGCUUCCUUGUUGAACAUUAUUUUACUUUGCAUUUUAUAAGAGUACAAAUUAAAACUGAGCCAUUGAACUGCAAUAAAUCAACAAUAGUGUCUCAUUUCAAGAAGUUUUUUAUACUGUACAUAGAUUUGUUCAAUAAAACAUUGUCCUUGUUGGUAAUGAAGUGUUCAGUUUUAUGUAGUACAUUCCUUCUAAAGGAAUUAGGCUUCAGAUAUAUAAAGUAAGAAAUUUCUAUUACAUUUCAUAAGAGAAUGAGGUAUUUGUUAGUUUUGCCAUAUUCAGAUUGUUGAAUGACUUUUAGAAACAUAGAUAUAAAAGCUUACAUAAAGUAAGAUAUUUUUAGACAUAAUUUUAACUUAUGCUCAUAUGGAGGAAUUAGAGGUUGACAAAAUGCUGGUUACUACCGUCAUUCCUGUACCUGCAAACUUAGUGGGUGGAAGAUACAACUUCAGAGCUCUCCAAAAGCAAGACAGUGGAUGGACUUAUUGAUACUGGUAACUCUUCAAAAAUAAAGAGCCUCUGGUGGAACUUAAAAAAACAAGACUGAAGUCACUUAGAAAUAUGAUGUAAAUGAUGAAAAUUACUUCCUACAGAAGCAUUUCAGUGGGAAAAUGUGUAAGCCAAUCUGUGUCUAAAAGUUGCUUUUUGUUUUUUGGUUCACUAACAGGAAAAUCUAUAUUAUUUGCUGUAACUGACAACUGGAAAAAAUGGGGGCUGAAGUAGAAAAACAGUCUCUUUGAUGCCAGGAGAUAGCUCUGCAAAUGGAAGAACAGACACAGUGUUACAGUUAUUUGCAC